AUGCUGAGGCAGAGACCUCUUCUGCAGAUUUUGCAGCACCGACCUAGCUGUUUUUCCGCACCGUCACGGCCAGCAUUCACCGCCGGUGUGCAGGUGAGGAUAUAUGACGUAUUGGCCCUCAACAGUAAACGGCGUACUCUCGCAACCGAUGGACUCAAUACGAACCAAACUCAUCUUCUGAAUAAAGUACGAUUGCAAAAAGGCGCCAGGACUCCAAUUCAACUCCAUUGCCAAAUCUCUUCAUUUCAUAGUACAUGUUUAAAGGCUUCCCAAGCAGAUCCUCAAAAAACGCCGUCCUCAGAUGUGUCCGUUAGAAAGCGUCGUCGCCUUCUACCGUCAAUCUCAGAGAGAGAGAACAUCACCAAUGUCCCGAAUAUCUUGACGGUUACUCGACUAGUCGCCGCCCCGGUUAUCGGGUACUUCAUUCUCCAUGACUACAAUGCAUGGGCCUUGGGCUUGUUGGCAUAUGCUAGUUUAACGGAUCUUGUAGACGGAUAUAUUGCUAGGCGAUGGAAUUUACAAACUGUCAUCGGCACCGUAUUGGAUCCGUUGGCUGAUAAGCUCCUCAUGACCAUCCUAACCGUUUGUUUAGCAGUAAAGGGAGCUUUGCCGAUCUGGAUCGCGGGUUUGAUAUUGGGUAAAGAUGCAGGAUUAGGCAUUGCAGCCAUAUACUACCGGUGGAUAUCACUACCGCCACCGAAGACAUUCUGGCGAUACUGGGAUUUCUCGCUGCCAAGUGCCGAAGUCAAACCGACUACCAUUAGCAAGUAUAAUACCGCAUUGCAAUUCCUCCUAUUGAUGGCUGCAACCGCUGAGCCAUUGGUCGCGAUGGAUAUAUCUACUGCUAUGGCAGGCCUCGAGUAUACUGUAGGGACUACCACGGUAUGGAGCGGGCUAUCUUAUGUUUACAACAAGGAUGCUGUGAGGAUACUUCCAAGAGAAGAAGAACCACCGCAAGAUGAAAACCACGAAGAUAAAAAACCAAUGUAG